AUGAGCCCUCGCUCGCGCCUGGGAAGGAGCACGCGAUUCCUUGUAAAUCCCGGGGGCUCCGCAGGGCGAGGAUCCGCCGGCUCCGCUCCGCGGCUCUGCCCACCCCGCCGCCGCCCCGGCGAGGGCUCUCCGCGCCCCGGGCACCGGCCCCGCAGCGGCCGACGAGACGCGGGCGCCCGGGCUGCGACGGCCGGCGGCCUCCCCUCGCCGCGGGCUGCGAGCGGGGGGGGGGGUGGAGAGGUGGGAAGGGGGGCGGCGGCGAGCCCCUCGCAGGGGGAGGGCCGGGCGCUGCCGACCACGACCUGCCCUGCUCGCCGCGGACCGCCACCGCCUCCCCGGGGCAGGCCCGGCCCUCCAGCACCGACAGGACCCGCCGGGACUCCGGGGAGCCGGCCGGCAGCGAGAGGAACGGAGCGAAUCCCCGCCCCGCCCUGGGCGUCCGGCCGGCCGCCACCUCCUGCCCCUCGCGUCGCCCGGCCAGCGGGCCGGCAGUCCGGCGGCAGCGCAGUCCCGCAGCCCGCCCGGCCGAGGGGCACCACGCCGCCGCCGCCGAGGCACCUGCCGCGCCGCGCCGCGGCGGUCGCCUCCCGAGGCGGCUGGGCCCGGCCAGCAGAGAGCUCGCCCUUCGCCAGAGCGCGGCGGCCCGGGGGCUGGCUGCCGGCCGCGGCGGGACCGAAAGGGCCGCGGCGGAGCGGCGACCAGGGCCGCCCGCCCUCAGGGACGGGCAGGGCGCGGCGCGGCGCGGCCGCACCGACCGCGCGGGGACCCGGCCCGCCGGCGCCGGCGGCGCGGGGCGGUGCUGCCCCCUGGCGGGGAGGCGGGGGGCGGCGCUGCGGCGGAGGCCCCCACCUGACAGGGGCGGGCGGACCCCGGCCGGGGCUGCGGCGGCGGCGGCGGCGGCGCCUCGCCGCAGCGCUCAGCCUGGCCUGGCGCGCCGGGCCCGGCUCAGCCGCCGCCGCCGCCCCGGCUAAGGCCGCCGGCCAGGCGGGGUGGGCGCGGCGCCUCCCCCCGCCCGCCCGCCCGCAACCGCCCGCGGCCGCCGCCGAGGUCCGUUCCGCGCCGCGUCCCUACCUGCACCGCCCGCCGCCGCCGCCGCCGCCGCCGCCGCCGCGCCGCUCCGCCCCGACACGCCCCGACACGCCCCGCCGGGCGGGAGGGCACGGCCGGGCCGCGGGAGAGCCCGGCGGGCCCCUCGGCAGAGCCGGGGAGGGCGGGCGGGCGCUGGCGGCAGCUCAGCUCGCAGGAGAGCGGGGCGGGGGGCGGCGAUGCCCCGGGGCCACCCCUCGUCCUCGCCUCGUCGGUGCCGGGCCCCGACGGCGCGGUUUCCGCUGGAAUGUUCCAGAUCCCGCGACCGGCCACCGGCCGGUCUGGCGGCCCCGCUGCCUGGCCCGCGAGCUGCAGCCGGGCCACGUUUGCAGCGCGGGUAGGGCAGGAGGUUGCCGUCUGGCGCCGGGAGCGGGACGCCGGUGCCGCGUCAAGGCGCGGCCGCGCGCCUUCGCUUCGGUUUCCCCCAGCCGAGGCUCUGCCUGCCAGCCUCGGGGCUGUCUUCCCAGCCGAGGCCCACCGACCCCGCGUCCCGUUCCGGAGGGAACAAACGUUUCCGCCGGAGCCCGUUCCCUCCGCGCCGAGGAGGCGGCCCAGAAAGCCAGCGGCCGCGCGGGAAGCUCCUUGCCACCCUACGGAGCUGCGAGGCUGCGGGGGACGCGCAGCCACCCGAAGGCUGCCCGACCCUGCCCACCGCUCCCGCUCCCCCAGGACGCCUUUCCUGCAACCCAGCCAAUUCCGGUACCCGCCCGGGAGGACCGCAUGUUCACUGGCACGCGCUCCUCCCAGCAGAGGAAUGAAACAUGUCUCGCUUUUCACAUCUAA